UGUCCACAAGGACACACGUACAAACAGCAGCAUGUCGCUUGGUUCGCAACGUAUCAUCCAUUUUCUGCGCCACUCUUCGAUGGCAAGGCCUGGGGCAUGUCGCGCCAUCAUCUUCGCGAGACAUCGCUGCUUGUCCUCCGCGUCUGGAGACAGCAGAUUUCCCGCACCUUCGACGGGUUCCGCUGCGCACGGGGUGACGGUGACGGAAACCAAGGCGGGGGCGGGAGACAGGCCGGGACAGCAGGGUCCCGUGAAGCUAGACUUGUGCGGAGAAAUCGAAGAUGAUGUUGGAGACGAAGAGAUGGAAGAGAUGCUGCAGGAGGGGCCGGCCGGUAAGGAGUGGGGCGGCCCGACACGAGGAGGGGUGCUGGGCGAACCCACGAGAUUCGGCGAUUGGGAGCGCAAGGGGCGAUGCUCGGAUUUCUGAACAUUGUGGCGCGUUUGCACGCUCACAAAUUGUUCCGCCAGCAGUCCUGAGUCACUUAUAUCCCACGAGGGGCUCCAACGAGAAACUCGGGAGCUUUGCCUGUAGAUCGAUUGCGCGUCGGCCACUACAGCGACAUUUGGAAAGGCGGGCGUAGGGAGAAUUGAGACAUGGGGGGCGAUUUGUUGUUGGCAACAUAAAGGACCACAACCAGGGACGGGAACCCAGGGGAACGCUUCGAUGCCCGCUCCUUCUCGCUCUCAAGACUCUAUAUGAUUUUAUCAGUGCGGGGCUUUCAUGCUCGUUUUAGGAUGCACACUGAUGCUGGCACGGAAAUGUUUUUAUCCUCAGGGACGCGACUGCUGUCCCUCCACGUGGUCUUGUGUAGUGCAUGCGCUGGGACGAUGGAAGGUUCCUGUUUGUUGUCUCUGGUGGUCCCUCGGAGCUUGCUGUGUCUUGCUGUUGGGGAGGAC